UCACACACACGAACACAGACCCCCCUCUAGCACAGAAGUAGACAGAGAGCAGUGAAGAGCAGAAGGAGCUGGGUGGCAGGAGGGAGGCAGGAGGGCUGUUGUUGAUUGAACAAAGCCAGGGAAGGAGCGCACAGUCGUGGGGUGAAGAGCAGCUUUGAAAUGCCUUGAAGGGAGCCUGCCAGUUACUCCUGCAGAGACCUGAAGGUGUGCUUCAGCUGAGGAUGGCAGGAGAUUCACGAGUCCUCAUGGACCACAACAUGGAGAUAGGGGUAACACCUGCACAGGUUAAGAAACUCCCAAAACAUCUGCGGGAGCCUCAGAUCUCAACCGAGCGAACCCACUUGAUUUCAGAACCUGUAAAAAAGCCACGUCAGCGGUAUGUGCAGAAGGAUGGCAAGUGCAACGUUCAUCACGGAAAUGUGCAAGAGACCUAUCGUUACCUCAGUGACUUAUUUACAACUCUGGUGGAUCUGCGGUGGCGCUUCAGUCUAUUAAUUUUUACCUUGGUUUAUGUGGUCAACUGGCUUUUCUUUGGGUUUCUCUGGUGGCUUAUUGCACUGGUCCGUGGAGAUCUGGUGCAUGGAGAUGAAGAGGGCUGGACCCCAUGUGUGGAAAACCUCAACAGUUUUGUCUCAGCUUUCCUCUUCUCUAUUGAGACAGAGACCACCAUUGGGUAUGGCUAUCGCGUCAUUACAGAACGAUGCCCUGAAGGUAUUGUACUGCUCUUGGUGCAAGCCAUCUUGGGAUCCAUUGUUAACGCAAUUAUGGUGGGGUGCAUGUUUGUCAAGAUUUCACAGCCAAAGAACCGCGCCGAGACCCUCAUGUUUUCAACCAAUGCUGUCAUUUCGGUGCGGGACAACAAGAUGUGCCUGAUGUUUCGAGUGGGGGACUUGAGGAACUCUCACAUUGUGGAGGCGUCAAUUAGAGCAAAGCUCAUCCGCUCACAGCAGACCAAAGAGGGGGAGUUCAUCCCACUCAACCAGACUGACAUAAACAUCGGCUUUGACACAGGGGAUGAUCGGUUGUUCCUGGUGUCACCACUCAUCAUUUCCCAUGAGAUCAAUGAAAAGAGCCCUUUCUGGGAAAUGUCCAUGGCACAAAUGGAGAAAGAGGAAUUCGAAAUCGUCGUUAUCCUUGAGGGCAUGGUUGAAGCCACAGGAAUGACAUGUCAGGCUCGGAGUUCCUACCUGGAUACAGAGGUGUUAUGGGGCUACCGCUUCACACCUGUUUUAUCUUUGGAAAAGGGCUUCUACGAAGUAGACUACAACAACUUCCAUGACGUCUAUGAGACCAACACUCCCGCCUGCAGCGCCAAGGAGCUAGCCACCAAGCUUCGGGACGAACCACUUUUGCCUCAGCUCCCGCUUCUAAGUCCCGAACCUAAAACACAAACUUUUGACCCCCUCGACUGCCUGUCUGAGUUGAAUCCACUAAGUCAGGAUGAAAAGAUGGAGGAAAGAGUUUCAAGUGAUAGGGGAGAGAACAAUGGCUUAGCUGCUGCUCUCGAGGAGCCUCCAAUCACUGAUUGACUUCCGGACUGAAGUGGUACAUCAGCCAAGAAGUCCAGCAAAGACUGGAGCAGACAAUGCUUCUUUUAAUCAAUGGCCAUUUAUUUACUCUGCAGUAAUUUGAGACAACAGACUUUGUCUCCAGAUUCCAACACAUGCAAUAUUUCUCCAUAAGAGCAUCAAUCUAUGGUAUAGAUUGGUUUUGUAGACAAAUAUAUUACUCAUACAGAGGCACACAUUUAAAAUAACUAUAACUACUCUUAGAGUUUGGGGGCUUUUUAUAACCACAAGGAUCACCAAACUGUUAUUUCACAUGAGUUCAAGUUUUAUGGUUUAAAGUAAACUAAAGCUGGAAGCCCUGAAAGCACACCAUGAGUUUAUUGUGGAUGCACCAAUAUUCUCAUUUUAAGAUGCUGUAAGUCUGCAUUUUUUAAACUUCCAGUCACUCCCAUUGAGAAAACCUGUCUAAACAGUCACUUUAAAAAGCUCAAAUGUUUGAGAGCAGCUUGCAUGUGAUAAUAAAAUCUUGCUUGCAUUUCUUUUAUUUUAAAAUAAGAUAUAUUUUUGUUUCCUGUUUCUGUCAGUAUUAAUACAACAUCUCUGCCACAUAAAGGUAAAGACAUAGUGCUUCUAGUUUGCAAAAGAAGAGCUUGGAAGCCACUGAAAUGUUACAUCUACUGGCAAACAUAGCGCAGUUCUGUGUUUCUUUGUUCAACUCUUUUCUCAUUGCUGUGCUGUCCUAAAUACAGUCACAGUGCAUUUCUGUGUGUAACGUCUUUGAACCACUGGGAGAGCUGACCCAAAAGAAUCUUCAUAGUACCUCAUUUGGUAUGCCUUUUUUGAGUUUUAAAGGAGCUAUUAAAACAAGCAAAAGCUGACAAAUGCUAUAUUUGCUACCAACUUUACUCUUCUGUCAACUACUUGGUUUGGUAAAGAGUUUAUUCUAAUUGCCAUAGUAACAGAAUAAAUCCCUAAAUUCAAGCCACUUUUUUAGUACAAAAAAAGCACAAUUUUAUGUAAGGGGAUUUAACACUGACUCAACAAACCACAGAACUUCUGCUGUUGCCUGAUGCCUGCCAUUCCUAAUUAGAAAUGGCAUUUAGAAUGUUUCAAAAAGAAAAAAAUUAUGCUCAUCUUCAGUUUGAAAGGUUUCUAAAUUGUAUACACAGUGUGUAUACAUUAAUGUUGCUUGUGAAACAUUAAUGUUUCAAAUGUUUCACAAGCAAAUUAAAGUACUAUAUGAUUCCUCUUAGACAUAUACUGUAAUACUUAUAAAUCAAUGUAUAUAUAUAUUUCUGCCAUGCAACAAAACUUUAAAAAGGUGCCCAAACACUAUGAAAAAGUGUUCUAAGAUUUAUUGAGAUUAUGGACAACUCAAUGUUUGAUUUUUUUUAAUACGUUUUUGUCUUGUGACUGGACCUGUAAACAUGCUGGUUGAAUGUCCUUUUUUCUGGUUUUUACUUGUUAUGUCACACCAAAAUUAACACGUCAAAUAUUGCUCGGGUUAGAAGUUUGCAUACACUCAUGUUCAUGAAUGUCACGUUAGUUAUUCUGAAUGGGCUGUAAUCCUGUAGCGCUUUUUCUAGUCAAGAGAAUCCCAAAACACUUCACUCUACACUUCGUAGUGUGAAGUGCACACAUUCACACACUGAUGGUUGAUUGCUGAAAAUAACAGAUACAUUUUCAGUUAUCCAUACAUUGUGAAAAUUGUAGAGAUGGGCUAUAAUAUACAUAUUAAUAAUUUGUUAAACAUUCCACUGCAGUGUGCAACAGCACCAUCAACAAGGUUUUAUUCAAGGCGAUAUUCUGGUAGGAUAUUUGUGGAUUUGGGCUUUUAGAGUAAUUUCCUACUCUAAAGGGGGUGUUAGCCUAAUGUCCUUUCCAAAAGAGGUUUUGAUGUGUGUUCAUUGUUCUGUCAGCACUCCCAAAAGUAGGGUUAAAUUGACAGUGAAGUGUUAAACUCUGACCCAAACUAUGACCAUUAGAUAAAAUAAAAUUUGCAUUAGUGUAUGAUGUUCAGGACCAACCUGCCAGCUUUAAACCGGGCAUUUCUGAAACACUGUCCACAGUGAAGCCAGUUUAAACAUCAAUACUAUCUCAGAGGGA